AUGCCCUCGCAGGUAGCGAAGUAUUUGCGUCUGGCACGGCGGUUCUCCUCCGACCCUAGCAAGAAUCUCCCGUUACUUGCACGUGCGUUUUCGAGCAGUCUGCGCCGGUCGGCAAUCAACAAGAUCGUCCCUUCGGCGGAGGAGGCGGUUAAGGACAUGAAGUCCAACACCACGCUGCUGGCAGGUGGGUUUGGGCUGUCCGGGGUUCCGGACUCGCUGAUCAAUGCGGUGCGGGCGAACCCAUCGAUCUCGGGGCUGACGGUGGUGAGCAACAAUGCGGGCGUUGACGGGUCCGGGCUCGGCCUGCUGCUGCAGUCGAAGCAGAUCAAAAAGAUGGUUGCCAGCUACGUGGGCGAGAAUAAGACCUUUGAGCGCAUGUACCUGACUGGGGAGAUCGAGCUGGAGCUCACACCGCAGGGGACGCUCGCGGAGCGCUGUCGAGCCGGGGGCGCGGGGAUCCCUGCCUUCUACACGCCUGCUGCGUUUGGGACGGUCGUGCAGACGGGCGACCUACCGCUGAAGCAUAACAGCGACGGCACCGUUGCGCUAUACAGCCAGCCGCGCGACGUCAAGGUGUUUGACGGGAAAAGCUAUAUCAUGGAGGAGGCAAUCAAGGGGGACUAUGCGUUUGUCAAGGCGUGGAAGGCCGACAAGCUGGGCAACUGUCAGUUUCGGUAUGCGGCCGCCAACUUCAACGGUGCGAUGGGCCGCAACGCCAAGAUGACCAUCGUCGAGGCGGAGCAUAUCGUCGAAGUCGGGGAGAUCGAGCCCUCGGCGGUACAUCUGCCGGGGAUCUACGUCAAGCGGGUCGUACAGAGCACCGCAGACAAGAAGAUCGAAAAAUACACCUUUGCUAAGCCUGAAGGCGAAGCAGCCGAAACUUCGGCACUGGGCAAGGGGGAUACGGCUAGCAAGCGCGAGCGCAUCGUGCGGCGGGCGGCCAAGGAGUUCCAGAACGGGAUGUACGCCAAUCUGGGAAUUGGCAUGCCCAUGUUGGCGCCCAAUUUCGUCGACGAUUCCGUGGAGGUCACGCUGCAAUCGGAGAAUGGCAUCUUGGGCCUAGGGCCCUACCCAAAGCAGGGCCAGGAGGACCCCGACCUCAUCAACGCGGGCAAGGAGACCGUCACACUGCUGCCGGGAGCCUCCUGCUUCGGCAGUGAUGAGUCCUUCGGCAUGAUUCGUUCUGGACGUAUCGAUCUGACUAUCCUGGGUGCUAUGCAGGUCAGCGCCAAGGGUGACCUGGCCAACUGGAUGCUGCCUGGAAAGAUCAAAGGAUUUGGCGGUGCCAUGGAUCUCGUCUCAAACCCGGCCGCUACCAAGGUCGUCGUGACGAUGGAACACACUGACAAGAAGGGCAAUCCCAAGAUUGUCAAGCAGUGCGAGUUCCCCUUGACGGGGAGAGCCUGUGUCAGCCGGAUCAUCACUGAUCUCUGUGUUUUUGAUGUUGAUUUCACCGAUGGUCUCACUCUGGUUGAGCUUGCUGACGGUGUCACGGUCGAUGAGGUCCGGGCCAAGACGGAAGCUCCUUUCAAUGUUGCCAACAACAUCAAGCCCAUGCUCUAG